GCUGAGAAGUACCAAAGCCAAUCCUAAAAAGUCGUCUUGGCCUUGCUGUUCGUUUACCGUUUCUACUUCUACAUGAAAUUGGUGGUGAUCACAAUAUGGCUGAUCAGGAAUUGCCCUCUGUUACAGAUAUAGUUCUAGUAGGGCGUAAUGGCAAUGGAAAAAGGUUCACCGGAAACACCCUCCUUGAUGAAAAACUCGUCAUAUCCAAAGCAGAUGCAGGAGGUGUUACCAUGGAAGAAAAUGAUAAGCUCAAGGAAAAAAAAGGGGAAAUCGAAUCUAAGAGCCUUUCGGAAGCAGAGGUAAUAGCGAUGAAAGAGCAGUCACGGAUGGAGCAUGAGCAUACUAUGAAUAUGAUGGCACACGAAGUGGAGCAUGCGCUAAAACAAAAUGCGGAAACACAUGAAGAAGAGACGCAGCAUCAUGUGAUUGAUGUCUCCGAAAGAAAGGCUUUGAAGAAGAAGCAGCAGGAGCAGGAAGCCGCUGGAGCCGGUACUAACAACAAAGGCUUCAAUGGUGAUCGUGGACAUGAUGAACAUGGAAGCCAAGAUGAGAGAGACAGUGAUGGCAAUUUGAGUUCCCCUGGUUCUCAAGGAAAUGAAGAAUUUGGGACAAGAGAUCCAUCACCUCCUCCAUUAUCUGGUUUAGGGAAGGACACUGUUAAAGAGAAAGCAGAAGAGGCAGAUGUUGCUCGGGGACAUGGAGCGAAAGGUGAAGACGUUAUUGUAGUUGGAAGAGGAACAGAUCAUGAGGAGAACGGUGUGGACAAACCACCCACUUCCUGUCCUGAAAAUUUUACUCAAACUUCUAGAGAGGCUGAUAGUACUUCAAGUUUGGAAAUUUCACCUGCUCUUGAUUCUGUCAAUCCUGUGGGUUCUUCUGUCUCAAUGGUUGUGAUGUCUGACAAAAAUGAGCAAGCUGAGAGCUCAACAGACUCGGAUUCUCUCCAACAGAAGUCUGAUGAAAACGAAGAGAACCUUAGUCCAGGAUCUGCUGAGGAAACUAACAAAGAAAUCAAGAAUGUGAAAGAAUAUGAAGUGCCAGAAUGUUCUAAAGAAAAGAGUCUUUUGCCUUCUGGUCCGCCAGUUGUUCGAACCUCGUGGUUGAGUUGCUGCGGUUUGUUUGACGUAAUGGCAGGAUCUGAAAGAUAAGUACAGGAGGAGGAUAAAAUAGCAAACAGUGA